AUGGCGGACUCUGUAGAUCGAGUCUUCGUCCAUGCCCUCAACACAGUCAAGAAGAUCCCCAAAACGGGCGCGUCGCGGCCGCCACCCUCGGAACGACUCCGGCUAUAUGGGCUCUACAAACAGGCCAUGGAAGGCGACGUGGACGGCGUCAUGGAGCAGCCCAUGGCCGGUGCCGGCCUGACCGCGGAGGAGCUGCAGCGGGAACGCGACAAGUGGGAUGCGUGGAACUGCCAAAAGGGAAUUAGCCGUACGGAAGCAAAGCGACGCUACAUCGAGGCUCUGAUCGAGACUAUGCAUCGAUAUGCUACGACAGCAGACGGAAGAGAGCUAGUAUCGGAACUCGAGUUUGUCUGGAACCAAAUAAAAAACAACAGUCCCAGCGCGAGCGAUUCAUCGCCACAGGCUGCGUCGGCGCCCCGACGCUUCACGCAGCCCAUGAGCGGCAGCGAAGGCCCAUUGAAGAUACUCAGUCCAAUGAGCGAACAGGACGAAGCCGAGCUGCGAUCGCAUCGGCAAAUGGAUCUAGAAGACCGCGAGAUGGGGCACGACGUGAGCGUCGGCAGCGGCCGGUCGCAGCGCAAGAUGGAACGCGCCAUCACCAAGCUGUCCGCCGAGGUGGCUGCCCUGCGCGAGCAAAUCUCCACCGGCCGGGAGUGGAAGUCGAAGAAGGCGCGCAGCCUCCCGUCAUGGCUUGGCUGGCUCGUCUGGUCCGUCAUGAAACACCUGCUCAUCGACUGCGUCAUCCUGUCCCUCAUCUUGGUCUGGAUGCGGAAGCGAAAGGAUCGUCGUCUGGAAGACCUCGUGCGCGCGGCACUCACUCUCGUGCGAGAAUACGUGCGAAAUAUUGUCCCGACGAGGGCCUUUCCCCGAGUCGAUGGACGCGCGCAUGCAGCGCCCGGCGUACACAAAUUUCAAUACAUGCAACAAAUGCGGUGCUGGAUUUUUGCCACCGGCUUCGAUGAUGGCGUGUCACAACGCCCAGACGCCACCGUGUGCACCUACACCAUGAGCUGCAUCACUUUAUUUAGCGAUUAUAUAUUUGCACCAAACAUAUACAUUGCUUUACUCGUCUCUUCCAUCUGGCCUGCCGUGUUGCACUUCCGCCCUCUUGUCCAGUGGUUUGCAUACACGCCCUCACCCCUGGAGCUCUGUAGAACCAUGACACUCUGGGUCAAGUUGUAA